AAACAUUUAAAACAAUAAUUAUUAUUGUUUUUCAUUUGAUUUUCUAAAACCAGUUAUUAAUUGAAAUAUUAAUUAAUAAUUCAAUUAUUAAUAAACAAAUCGGCGUUUCAUUAGUCUGUCAUUGCAUUCGCGUAUAUAAUAAGUGGUCAAUAAGUUUGCCAUCAAUUGUGUCACCGCUUUGAUCGCCGCUGAAGAAGUAAUGGAUGACGUGAGUGAUGUGGACAUCGAUGUCGGCCGCUUUAAGUACGUGUUGAUCGCCGUAACGGAUCCCAAGACACGGGUCACCAAACAUAUCGUGAGAGGAUAUAUCAGAUGUCACUUCCAUGGUGAUAUCGUGGACGAAGUGGAGCCGCAGUUGAAUCGACUCAAACUGACGUACGAUUGUGUCGGCGGCGGAAGGAUUGUACACAAUGUGGAGGAGAAGACAAUUCUCAUCUUCGGCUACAGCCAGGGCUUCGGUAAAGCUGACCAUUCAAUCGCCUCUAAGAUACUCAAAGAGCACUACAAAGACUACGAGUCCAUCACGUGGUCCGAUGAGGGCUAUUAGACCGCCAUUUGAGCCGCACUUCAAAUGCAGUAUUUUUAUAAUGAAAACAAAGAAUUGUCUCUCAAUAGGAAACUAAUUAAACAAAUGCUUGUUUUUCUUUUAAAUUAUACAUUUUAUUAUUAAUAAUAGUAAUAAUAAUGAAUA